AUGCACCUAUCAUUCCCAUAUAUAAGCCAAUACAUAUCAUCUGAAGGUGUCACUUACACUGUCCACUUCAAGUACAAGGCCCAGUUUUUACCACACAGUCUGAUAUUCGUCAGAGAAAUGCUUGAGGAAAAUGAUCAAGUAUUUGUCAAGUACACCCAGACAUAUUCAGUAGAAGCUCAUGAGACCAUACUCAGCUCGAUUGAUAUUGCUUUUCCACCUGCUGAGCUACUCCGACCCAAAGUUAAACAAGCCAUUGAUGCUCUUCACCAGUUUGAUCUGGUUCAUGGCGAUCUGAGAGACAUAAUAAUAAGCAUCUUGGUAAGCACUGAUGGCAUCCGCAGACCACAGGAAGCACAAUAUGGAAAUAUUAUCAAAAAGGAUCAUGAUAUCUUUAUGUUAAAUGUUAUAUUCCCAGAGACAGAGUAA